AUGAAAUCAAAAUUCAGGAUUGCGUCGUUUAUUGAUCGUUUGGAAGAUUGUAUAAGCACUGACUCGGCUUUUGCAAAUCUGGUCAUGUCUUCAUCGCAUCCAAAUUUGAGGUGCUUGUUACGGUUGUACGAUGAGGUGUGCGCAGAGGCAAGUCAACUUUUUCAUUUGUUGAUUUCUUCGGCGGAUAAUGCGAAAGAAACAUCAGUUAUGAAGCUUCAAGAAGUAUUAGUCUAUGAAAGUUUCAUAUUCUACUAUAAUUUAUUGUAUCCGAUCAAUGAGACGUUAACGAAAAUAUUCUCUUCUGAAUCUGAUUCUCAAGAUAUGCCGUUGUAUUUGAAUGAUGCUCUCAAUGAAAUUUCAUCGAAACGCACUAAGGUGAUUAUCGAACGAUUGAAUAGUCGUGGGCUUAUGACGCAAUUGGGCUGUCCCGCGGACGAUGAAGUAAGGUCAGCAAUGAAUGAGAUUGGCGAACUUCUACCUCAUUUUUCACCACAAUUUAUUCACGUAAAUUAUUAUCAUUCAGUAGAAUCCACUGAAACUUAA